AAAAUAAAAAAUAAACUACUACUCAGCAAAGAUAAAAGAAUUUGGUUGUUUUCUUCUCUUCUCUUCAGUCUCCGGAUUGUAGCUGUCCCCUUUUAUACUUUUCUCUUGGUUCUUUCUGCCUUUUCACUUAAAUCUUUCCUCUUGGUUCCUUCUGGUUUUCUAUCUGAGUUUUUAGCACUAUUCAACAAGAGCUAGCUAGCUUUAAAGAAGUAAUUAAAGAGCUAUGGCUGCUGCUUCGUCGUCUUCGCCUUUUUUUCGUGCUCGGGAUGAGAAUCAAAGCCAGAUGAUGCAGCCUAAUUCAUCAACUACUUCUACUACUUCAUCAACUGCUCCAUCCACUGCUUCUGCUCAAAAGAAAAAACGAAAUCAACCCGGAACACCAAAUCCAGAUGCAGAGGUGAUAGCCCUAUCUCCCAAGACUCUAAUGGCAACAAACAGGUUCAUAUGUGAGGUAUGCAACAAAGGGUUUCAAAGGGAGCAAAAUUUACAGCUACACAGAAGAGGGCACAAUCUACCAUGGAAGCUGAAGCAAAAAUCUACCAAAGAAGUGAAGAGAAAAGUUUAUUUAUGCCCUGAGCCGACUUGCGUACACCAUGACCCGUCUAGGGCUCUCGGUGACCUAACCGGAAUCAAGAAACACUAUUCAAGAAAACACGGUGAGAAAAAAUGGAAGUGUGAGAAAUGUUCGAAACGGUAUGCUGUUCAAUCUGAUUGGAAAGCCCAUUCUAAAACUUGUGGCACUAGAGAGUACCGGUGUGACUGUGGCACUCUCUUCUCAAGACGUGAUAGUUUCAUUACUCAUAGGGCAUUCUGUGAUGCCCUAGCGCAAGAAAGUGCUCGACAUCCGACAGGUUUAAACUCCAUAGCAUCGCAUCUCUAUGGAAAUAGUCACAUGAGCUUAGGCUUAUCUCAAGUUGGCUCUCCGAUUUCUUCAUUGCAAGAUCAGAACCAUCCAGCUAGUAACAUGCUGCGUCUCGGCAGCUCCGGCGCAGCCAAAUUCGAGCAUAUUAUGUCUCCGUCGUCGAACUCAUCAUCGUUGUCGACAAUGCCUGGUUCUGGCUUCUUCAUGUCAGAUGGAAAUCAAGGUUCGUUUUCGAAUAAGCCGUUACAUGGACUCAUGCAGCUUCCUGAUCUUCAAAGCCCUAGUAACAACUCCUCAGCUGCUAACAAUAAUCUGUUCAAUUUGAGCUUCUUUUCGAAUAAUAACUCCGGCAGCCGAAUAAGCAACGGUACUGAUCACAACUCCAAUUCAAGCGGGGGGAUGGUGAAUUCGGGCGGGUUCUUGAAUUUCAACGGCGGAAAUGGCGGACAAGGAACAACCCUAUUUCCGAAUAAUAUGGGUGAUCAUCAUCAUCAAGUUGGUUCAUCAGGUAUGCCUAACCUUUACAGCAAUUCAGUUCAACAAGAAAAUAUUACCCCACACAUGUCCGCAACCGCAUUGCUUCAAAAAGCUGCUCAAAUGGGUUCAACUACCAGCAACACCAACACCAACAACAAUUCAACUCUACUGAGAACCCUAGGAAGCUCUACAUCAGCCGGUAACAAGUCCGACAGGCCACCGCUCGGGUCUACUAACUUCGGAAGCUGUUUCGUCGGUAUCGGAGAUAAUCAUCAUCAUCAAAGUCUAGGAACACAGAUUGAAAGUGAAAAUCAAUUCCAAGGACUUAUGAAUUCUCUUGCCAAUACUGCUGGCUCUUCCAUUUUCGGAGGGGAUCAUAACAGUUUCGGAGGGUUUACAAGCAGUGGAUUAUCAUUAGAACAUGGUCAUAACAGCGCCAAUUUUAGCAAUGUAGAAGAUGCAAAUAAGCUGACAUUGGAUUUUCUUGGUGUUGGUGGCAUGGUGAGGAAUAUAGGAGGGGGAAUGAAUUUAAGCUCAUUGGACACAGAGAUAAAAUCAGGACAAGCAAAUAAACCAUUUUGAAACAAAAACUGGCUGAUCAAUGGAGAAGAAAACAAAAGGGGAAGUGGUAGUUUAAUUAGGUAUAUGCAUGAAUUAAUGUAUGUGUCUGAAUGUAGGAAAAAGUCUACUCUCUUAAUAUUUGUCUUUUUUGUUGUUAAAAAGUGUUUUGAAGGAUCAAAUUUCAUCUUUCAUAUAGUACUGUUUUUUA